AUGAAUCUCCAUGAGAGCAGUAACGAAGAGUUCUCGUCGGAUGAAGAACACGAUCAAGUUCUCAUCACGUCAAAGAAGCAGGGUGGCAAAGAUGUAUUCGCUAAUUGCGAAAGUGACGACGAAUUAAGCGAGCCAGAAGCUGAAAUUGAAGAGGAAGAGCCCCAGAACAAGAAAGCUAAAACUCAAAGCGAUGCCGAUAUAGAACUGACCGUGGUUCAAGGAAAAGAAGAAGGAGAGGAAGCAUUUCCAGCUGACGGAGAGGCCGAUCCGGAACGUCUCAAGAAGGGACGACUCGACAGACUCAAGAAACUACGAGCCGUGAAGAAGAGCAAGCACAAGACUGGUGUGGUGUACCUAUCGAAGAUCCCACCAUACAUGAAGCCCGCUAAGAUGCGGCAGCUUCUGUCUCGCUUUGGCGAGAUCGACAGGCUGUUUUUAAAGCGCGAAGAUGACCAAAAGCACAAAACGCGUGUCAGAGGUGGGGGUAACAAGAAAGUCAUGUUCGAAGAGGGAUGGGCCGAGUUUGUGCGCAAAAAGGACGCGAAGCUGUGCACGGCCACGCUGAACGGCAAUAUUGUUGGCGGGAAAAAGGGCAAUUUCUACCACGACGACGUGAUGAAUGUUAAAUAUCUUUCUGGGUUCAAGUGGGCCGAUCUGACGGAGCAGAUUGCGCGUGAAAACGAUGUCCGCCAGGCCAAACUACAAUUGGAAGUCUCGCAGGCCAACAAGAUGAACGCUGAGUUCAUCAGGAACGUCGAACGCAGCAAAAUGCUGAGCAAGAUGCGCGCCUCCAAAAAACGUGACUCACCAUCUGAGAAAGCUGACACGGAGACGGACAACAAAACUGCACAGAUUUUCAAGCAACGGAAAGUCACUACAAACCGUGCUGCAGGUCCUGAAGAGCAUAAGGCAGCUUCCUCAAAACGUUUAGACUCCGUCAUCCAGAAUCUGUUUUGA